UGUCAUUUUGCUUGAGUGUGAAUACAUGAGUGCCUUGUCCGUCGACAGCAGCACCGACAGCAGCACCGUCGGUCCUGGUCCAUCCACACGCCUGCAGAGACCGUCAUAGCACACCAUGGCCGACUCUGUCAAGUACCAUCUUGAGCGCAUGCUCCCUGAGCUCGAAGAUCUCGAGGAGCGAGGCAUCUUCAGCAGGGCCGAAGUCAAGUCCAUCAUCAAGCGCCGAACAGAUUUCGAGUACGCCAUCCAUCGGCGCAUCAGCAAGAAGAGCGACUAUCUCCGAUAUAUUGAAUACGAGAUGAACCUUGAAAAGCUCCGCAAGAAGCGCAAGAUGAGGCUGCGACUGGACAAGAAGCCUCGAGGCAAGAACAAGUCCGAGCCAAACAUCACACUCUCCGACCACAGCAUCCUCAGACGCAUCCACCAGCUCUAUCACAAGCUACUCAAGAAGUUCUCUGGUGAUGUCCAUCUCUGGAUCCAGUAUCUCGAGUGGGCUCGGCAGAGCGGAUCGUCGAAGCUGUUGGGCAAGAGCUUUGCCCGUGUUAUCCAAUAUCACCCCACAAAGCCUGUCUUCUGGAUCAUGGCCGCUGCAUGGGAGUACGAGGAAAACUCCAACAUCUCGUCUGCUCGAGUGCUGCUGCAGCGUGGUCUUCGCUUGAAUCCCGAGUCUCAAAAGCUGUGGCUGGAGUACUUCAAGCUGGAGUUACUAUGGCUCAUCAAGAUCAGAGAGCGUCGGCGUCUGCUGUUUGGCGAAGGUGGAAAGCCCAAAAAAUCGACCGCGGUCCCAGAACCAAAGCCAAAUGACGCAGACAAGGUCGAUGUGGAUCUGGACGAUGAAGACGACGACGACAAUCGUGACGGCGAUGAGGCCCCUACGGGUGUCAGCGUCCCUUCUCUCAGCGAAGAGUCUGGACUGGAAAAUCCUCUCGAAAAUGAUCCGGUCAUAUCGAAAUCGCUGACGUCCGAGCCCGAGAGUGUUCUGGAAAAGUCGCUCUCGCCAAUGCAAAAGGCACUCCUUGAGUUGGCCAUUCCUCGCGCGAUCUAUCGGAAUGCUGUCAAAGCUAUCGCAAGCAAUCUCCCAUUUCGGCUCGAGUUUCUGGAGCUGUAUCGACAGGCCGGAGACGAUACUCAAAUUGGACAGGAUGAGAUCUACCAGAGUCUGGCGACAGAUUUUGGAGACGACCCUGUCGCUAUCUCGGCCAUUUGCGAGCGCUACUUGACUGGCCUGACGACCUCCGAUCCCGGCUUUCCGGCGGCGCUCAAGAUGGCUAUCGACGAGUACAAGGAGUAUCUUACGGAUACAAGCUCGCCCGUCCUAUGCACGCGUUAUCUUCGCUUCCUGAGCUCGUGUCUUGCUCGAACAGACGAAGAGAAUCUGCGCGCCUAUAUCAGCAAGCUACUGAGGAAGACGUUCGUUCUCGCGCACGAUCUCGAAGUAGCCGAGCCGACAGCGUAUAUCAUGUGGUCCGAUUUUGUUGAAGACAAGUCCGAGAAAGAGGCUGCUUUGACCUUUGGCAUCGACAGGCACCCAACAAGCAUCGAGUUGCAUCUGGCCUACAUCAAGCAGACAAUGCACAAAGGCGCCGAGUUCACUUAUUCGCAUUUCCAGGCUGCCGUCAAGGCCGCAGCAAAACAAGAUAAACACACCAUUUGGAUUCCCUUUAUCGACUGGGUUGUCUCGGAGAGCAAUCUACCAGCCAAAGACGUUGAGCGGACGUUCAACCAAAGCGCAACCGUCAGCGAGCUUGGCUAUUCCGAAUACGAGACCCCGCUCUUGGUCCAGUACAUUGAUUGGGCACACAAGGUCGGCGGUAUUGCAAAGUGCCGCGAAGUAUGCGAAAGGCUGCGAAGCCUGCGCACGCGUCAGCCCGAGUUCUAUGAGCGAUGGAUUCAGAUCGAGACCGAGCUGUGCAGCCAAUGCUCUUCGCAGACGUCCAAGAACAAGCAGAUCAAACAAAUCAGGAAAGUGUAUGAGAUCUUGAUCGAAGCCGACACCAAGCGACACGAUUCCUGGCUGUCAUGCAUCGAGUUCGAGAUGGAAGUCUCUGGAGACAUGACCCAGGUCACGCAUUUACACUGGCGGGCGCUCAAAGAGGUCGACAACCAAGACGCCUUCUCGAAGGGAUACGAGGCCCUCAAACAGCGGGUGUGAUCCACUGCUGGUGCUGUUGAUGAAACACACUAUCUGUACCAGGCGGAUCCGGCUCAGAUAUGAAGAAACGAGCACCCUGUUAUUGCAGAAUACAUCGCGCAUUUGCGCGGUUCGUCGAUGAGAUCUCACGGAGUAAUCUGCACCGUCAAGGUAUCUGUGGAACUCCCAAUGAUGGGUGUGGGUCAUGGAUGUGGGAACUCAGAGCCCCCCCCCCACAAAAGAAACAAACCCAGAUUGUUACAACCAAUCCAGAAAGAAACGAGAUACUUUGGCUAUUGGUCGUUGGCC